UUGGUCCACACUGAUACCAUCGCAUUGAUCUCCCCACAUCUCCUCCCUCAUUCAUCGAGUCAAGCCGCCAUGGUCCCCCCGCUCCGUCACUGUUCCUCUUCUUGAUGUGAUCGAGCUUUCCACGACCCUCGGUCGCUCGCUUUCCGGCUGCUCCGACCGCCGCCGACAAUUUAGUUCCGAGACAUGGGCUGCGUGCAGGGCACGAACCGCGGUCGCUGUCGCUGCCUGAGCUGCCGCUACUGCUGCUGGUGCUGCUGCCACUACCAUCCCCCCUCCAUAUCCACCGACGGCGCCGUCGAAGGCGCCGACCCUCUUAGGGUCCAUGAGAUCGGCUCGCCGCGCUGCCUUCUCCGCGCGUUCUCGAAUCGUGCUGGCCCGGGCGGCACCGUGCCCGUCCCCUCCGCUGGCGUCUGCCUCCGUUUCGCCUCCCUCACCCAGAGAGGACACUACCCGGACUCCUUAGACCGUGUGAACCAGGACAGCUUCUGCGUCCGGACCAGCUUCCAGGCCAACCCCGACCUCCACUUCUUCGGCGUCUUUGAUGGCCACGGCCAGUUCGGCGCUCAGUGCGCCGAGUUCGUCCGCGAUAAGCUCACGGACUUAUUGAACUCCGAUGCUCGCCUUCCGGAUGACCCUGUGAUGGCCUUCCUUUCUGCUUUCGUCGCCACCAAUUCCGCGCUCCACGAUAGCGAGAUCGACGAUUCGAUGAGCGGCACGACUGCGAUCACGGUUCUCGUCAGCGGCGACACUCUCUAUGUUGCAAAUGUGGGGGAUUCGAGAGCGGUGGCCGGAGUUUGGAGUGAGGGUAGCGUGGUGGCCCAGGAGUUGUCCAUUGACCAGACACCAUACCGGAAGGAUGAGUAUCAGAGGGUGAAGCAGUGCGGUGCAAGAGUGUUGUGUGUUGAUCAAGUGGAAGGGAUGAUGGAUCCUGAUAUCCAGAGCUGGGGCGAUGAAGAGGAUGGGAAUGGGGAUCCUCCAAGGCUGUGGGUGCAGAACGGCAUGUAUCCGGGCACUGCGUUCACCAGGAGCAUUGGAGAUAUGACGGCUGAGAGCAUCGGCGUAAUCGCCGUUCCAGAGGUCAAGACUGUAAAGAUUACGCCAAACCAUCUCUUCUUUGUUAUAGCAAGUGAUGGUAUUUUUGAGUUCCUAUCAAGUCACAUGGUGGUCGAUAUGGUGUCUAGAUUUCCUGAUCCUCGAGAUGCCUGUUCAGCAAUUACUGCUGAAUCUUACAAGUUGUGGUUAGGACAUGAAAACCGGACAGAUGAUAUAACAGUUAUUAUUGUGCAUAUCAAAGAUAUGGAAGAUAGUACGUAUCAGUCAGAUUCUCAAGCAACCCUGAAAACCAUUCAAACCUGCAACAAUGCUUCCAUAAGUUCUGAGACGGUAAAAUUUGAAAGGCAAACGAUCAGUGAACCCAGUAACAAUGUAAAAAGCAGCUCGGACUCCAAUUCAUGCUCUCUUGGAUCGGCAGUAAAUGCAUGUCCUGAACGUACUGUAACUUCACCUACCACUCGCUCGGUCGAUUUAAAUGUGAUUAAUCCAGACUGACUGAAGCUACAGCAUUCAUGCCUCUGACCUCUCAUUGUUUGUAUUAGCACACUGAUUAUUUGGAAGUCUCUUCAUCAUACUUUCCCUUUUAUCUCGAAUGAAAUGUGUUUCUCUCUUAUCAUGCAUAUGGAUCAAGUUUCAAUCUGCUAGCUCCUUCCAAUCGAUAUAAUUGAUAUAUCAGUCAGGAUAAAGAUACUGAAAAGAUCCUAUGCUAUCAUCACCUUGGCAAUGUUGUCGUCAUUGUAAACCAUUUCUGCACACGAACUUUGUGACGACUUCUACCACACAAGCGAAGGCGGCAGAGACACUAAACGACUGAUGUUCCUACUGGCCUGGCCGGCUAAUUCUCACAACUCUUCAAUGGUCGUAAGCUGAGUCAUGUAACAAAAUCGAGCGGAACUUGCAGAAUGAAAUGGGUAUGUUAUGUAUUGCCAAACUCUCUGUAACAGAGUAUUUAGGCUGGUUGUACUAAAAUUCUAUAGUUUUUUUAUAUUAGCGUGUUGUGUUAACACAAGGGAGUGUUGUUUGCUCAUGAAAUUAAAUGUGUGUAGGUUUAUAUAUAAAUGAACUGCUACUAGAUUAUAAUGGGGCAGAAAUUAAAAGAGCCAUCCAAAUUUUAUAAA